UAUAUAUCUAAAUAUUAAAGAAGAACAAAAUCAGUGAUGAUGGGAAUCUACAAUACAUGUAUUCGUAAUUAUAUUUACCAAUAUUUUAUGGCGGGAGAUUUUGACAGCUACUGUAAAGAUGAAUUCAUCACAGACAAAUAUUUUGCUUGUCGGGUCAGAGGGUACUGGAAAACAUGAUAUCUCCAAGUGUUUGAUAGAUAUGGGUAAAGCCAUCAAUCUCAAAGUAUUGACCUGCACCUGUCUACCAUUACCAGACAAUAGAGACUUAUCAGAUGAAAAUAUUCACUUUGUAUGUUUUACAAUGCAUAUGGCUAAUAAAGACAGUAUGAAGGGAUUAGUAGCAAGCAUGGGGCAGCUGGAUGUUUCAUACUUCAUCGGGAAGUCGAUAAUUGUUGCUAACUCAAAAGAUGUAGAAGCAUCGAAAUAG